AUGAGUGUUUUUGAAAGGCACAGGCGGUUCAAGGAAGGGCGAAAAGAUGUGCAAGAUGACCCAAGAAGUGGGACAGAUGCAAACGUGGACAGAGUACGAAUUUUGGUGUGCUCUGAUCGAAAAUUAGGUGUGAGACUAAUAGCAGAAUUCAAUAUGAACAGGGAAACAGUGCGACAGGUUAUUAGGGAGGAUUUGGGAAUGAGAAAAUUUUUCGCAAAGAUGGUGCCUCGAAUCUUGACAGAUGGCCAGAAACAACGUCAGAUUCGCAUUUCAUCUGGUCUUCUGUGCAAUGCAGAGAUGUUUGAUGGGGUCGUUACCGGUAAUGAAACGUGGUGUUUUUGA